AUGCUGCGAUGUUUUUGGGCAUUACUUAUGUUAUCUUGUUUCGAAAUGAAUUCGGCGCGCUUACCAAUUCAUAGAGAUUGUGUGGAAUAUGUAAAGAAUCAUACCAUUUGUACAACACUAAAAGCUUGCAGAACUUCAGAGUGUGAUUCACAUAGUUGUGAAAAGAUCUCAACCAUUCAUUUCCGUAAUAUUGCUGUAAUCCUCAACAAACGCCUUCGUAAAAAACCAAGUUUAAAAAGACAACUCAAUCCAUUAUUGCACGAUCCUUUAAAAACAUCAAUUUUUACACGACGACCCUCAGGUGCAUAUUGUGGUCAUGAAAAGGAAUUGUUGCGAAAUGUAAAAAUUAAAGUAAUGGUAUCAGAAGGAAUAUUUCAACAAUUGUUACGAAAAGCAUCCAUUACACAACAACGAUAUUUAUAUGCCCGAGAUGAUUGCUUAAAUAAAUGUCAUAUAAUGGGAAUUGAUUUGAAUUGUGAAUUGGUACCAGAUGGUGAUAUGGAAGUAAUUAAAACGGCUGCUUUCAAACAUUUGCAACAUAUGAUAUUCUAUCAAUGUGGCGAGUUAGGAUAA